AUGCGCAUACCGGAUAUUCCAGAACAAGAAAGAAAUGAUCAAGAUGUAGAUACAGACGAGGGAAACUCUAUUAGUGAACUACAGGCAGCAAGCAUUGACAAUCAACCUUUAAUAAAAGCUAUUCUCCUACAUUCUCUCCCUUUAAUGGUUAAUAAUGUAGUCGUAGCAAUCAACCAAUUUGGUAGCGCUAUCAUUAUAUCAAGUAUGGGAAGUGACGUGAUUGCCGCAAGCGCUUAUGUUAGUGCAGUAAGUAGCGUCUUGAUUUUUCCAGCUGAAAUGAUUUUACACGCGUUGCAACCUAUUCUUGGUAGCAAAGUUGAACAUCCAAAAGAAACGGGAAGCAUCGUGAAAGAAACUAUAGUUUUUGGCAUGAUCUUAAGUUUUCCGCUGAUGGUCGCCCUGCUUUUUACCGAGCCUGUUCUGGUUUUAUUUGGACAAAAUCCAAAACUUGCGAAAAUUGCGGGAGAUUAUUUUUUGUUUGAUAUAUUUCGACUUCCAGCCUCAAUGACUAUCCAAACUCUGCUGCAAUUUUUUAUAGCCUCUAAAAGAGAACGCUUAUUGGUGCCAGUAAGUAUGGUUAGAACAGGAGCUGACUUAUCGGUAAGCUAUUUACUUAUAAAUGCUGCCAAGCUAGAUACCCUGGGUUGGAGAAUUUCUACGGUCGUUCAUCAAUGGAUUAGUUUGGGGAUUAUUCUAACCUACACUAAACUUGAUAAAAGCUUCAAAGAAUAUGAUUUAUUUCAUUUAAAUUCCAAUGGUGCGAAUCUAACAGAUGGCUUGAUAAGUAUGUGGCGUACCUUUAAAGACAUCAUAAGGAUAGGUUUACCAAUAGGGAUCCAACUCUGUUUUGAAUUGGCUGCCAGAUUUAUAAAUCCGCUUAUGUUAGGCCAUAAAUCAAGUUCUGCACUUACCGCCUAUCAUAUAACUUCCCAAUACACCCAUGCAUUUACCCUGUUGAUAAGCUCGCUUUCCACCACAAGCUGUGUAUUGAUUUCGCAAGCUUUAGGCAAAGGCUUCUAUUCGGAUCCUAAACGUAUUGGUUUGUUGGCUACAGGAAUAGGGGCAUUUAUUUCGUUUUUUCCAUUUCCGGUUUUCUGUACGAUGCCAAGGCUGCUUGCUUCAUUUCUCUUAAAAAAAGACAGCGAUGAUUAUGAGGAAAUACAAGCAUACAGCAGAUUCAUGUUCCCAAUUGUCGGUCUAGGCAUGAUAGGAUUGUCAUUGAAAUACAUUUCUACAGGUUCUCUCAGGGGUUAUGGGAAAACUUCUUUACCCAUGAUGGCUGAUUUUCUGGGCUCGCUUGUAGUUGGAGUGGGGUUAAGUGUUCUGUUGGGAUUUGUUUUGAAUCGGAAUGCGCUGGGUAUCGCUAUAGGUGAAAUGGUUGGCGUAUUCAUAGCAGCAACGAUUAUAUUUAGAAACUUUAUCCGAACAAGUACGCUUGAGCGAGGAUAUGAUUACUUGGAAGAUAAUGAACUAGAUCAUACCUCGCCUUCGGGACAGCAGCAAAGCAAUUCCCCUAUUAAUUUACUGUCAAGGCCGAAUCCUCCAAACAGCUUUGGCAACUCUUCAAAAAUCAGUCCAAGAUCGUCGUCAUCAAGAAGAGGUAGCUUGGAAGAACAACAACUUUUAGAAAGAGCUGAUACGAAUGUCCAGCAUCCAUAA